UUGCAGCGCGCCGCUUGAUUACACAUGGCAAUGAUUCUUGUUGUCUGCUGGUUCAGACUUGCAGUUGCUUCAUGCCUUGAUCAUCCUUUCGGUAUAUAAAGAGGGAAGCCAAUGCUGGGUGCAGACACCAUUGCAGCAGCUUGCCAUCUCUUCCAUUUCCACUGAAAAGAGGAUUCCCAGCUUCCAUUCCGUUCCAACUUCCAAGCAUGGCUUGCCACCUAAGAUCCGCGAGCGUGCCCUCAAGCCCUCGCUCCAACGAAGCCAGCGUCGAGGAACAGCUGCAGAGCCUGAAGGCGACAGUCUCCUCACCUUUGGCCACCGUUGAAACUAUGGUUGAUGGUCUGGCCAAGCUCGGGAGCAUCUACGGCCUCAUCAAUGAGCUCACUUGCUUGCCCAACAGACAGCGUCUGCAGAGGGAAGCAGUAGAGGAGGAGCUGGAGCGUUCUCUCGUCUUGCUUGACCUCUGCAACGCCAUGCAAGAGAGCUUGUUGGAACUCAAGGCCACCGUCCAGGAGAUGCAGCUAGUUCUGAAGAGAAGAGACAAUGCAGCUGUUCAUGCCAAGGUUCAGUCCUAUGCCCACUCAGCUAAGAAGGCUCAGAAGCAGUUCAAGAAGAUCAACAGCAAAGCUGCCUCUGACAUGGAAGGGUGCAGGGUGGUCAAGCUUUUGGUUGAAGCAAGAGAGAUCGCCAUGUCUAUGCUCGAGUCGACAUUGCAUCUCCUGUCAAAGCAGAUCUUGACGCCGAAUGCCAGGAAGUGGUCUCUUGUCUCCAAGGCAUUCCAGAAGAAGAAAGUUGUGUGCGAGGAGGAGCAGUUGCAGAUGUUGCAGUCCGACAUUUCUGAUCUCGAGAACAGAGUUGAAACUUUGUUCAGGACUCUGAUCCAGAACAGAGUUUCUCUUCUGAACACUCUCAACUUGUAGACAGAUCACAUGACUCUGACUCCCUACGAUUAGCAUCCACCUUUUAGAGA